UAUUCAAGAAUUUACGGAAUUUUGUUCGUUUUGCACCAUACCAUAUCCAUUGAUAACUGAUAAUAAAUUUUUUUAAUUCGGUAAUUUAUCCUAUUUUUAUUUUACACCUUGUAGUUACAAUUCUAUAUAAUACUAAUAUAGUUUUUCAAGUUUAUUAUUAUAUCAAAUAUUUGAAACAAUAUAAUCUUAAAAUUAAAUAAACAUUUACCAAUUAUAUACAAUCUAAUCUUCAAUACGAUGAUAUGGCAUAUUUUGUAUAAUUUUGUACUGAUAACAUUUAAUUAUACAAUGUAUCAAUGUAGUAUUUAGACGUCAAAGAGUUUAAACAACAACAGUUUCAUUUUCAAACUCCGUCGCAAAUUUUCAACAAAUAUUUAUUUUAAAAAUGGUUGUUUGUACAUUAGGAACAAUUAUUUUAAUAUUCCUGUUAACAUUGGGUUUCUUUAAAGUUAUUUCCAAGCUUACCAUGGGUUGGUGUAAAAGUAAUACUUGUUUAGUAGGAAAAACCGUUAUUAUUACAGGUGGAAAUUCAGGGAUAGGUUUUCAAACAGCAAUGGCUUUAGCCGGACGUGGUGCUAAAGUUAUAAUUGGAGAUGUUGUUAAUUCCGAUGAUUCAGUGAAACAAAUAAUUUCAGAAACAAACAAUCCUAAUGUGCGAGGAAAACAUUUAGAUUUAGGUUCUUUAGAUUCAGUCAGAAAGUUUUGUAAAGAAAUUUACGAGGAAGAGGAUCGAUUAGAUAUUUUAAUUAAUAAUGCGGGAGUGGGUGGUGCUCCUUUAGGACACACUAGUGAUGGAAUUCAAAUUCAUAUGCAAAUUAAUUAUUUUGGGCAUUUCUUAUUGACUCAUUUAUUAAUUGGGUUACUUAAACGUAACAAAAGCAGAAUCAUAUUUGUUAGCUCGAUAGCAGCAUUUAAACACAACUUAAGUUUAGAAACCCUCAACAACCCAACAGUUUUUAAACAAGACCUCAAAACACAUUUCACAAUUUACGGAAACAGCAAACUUUGCGAAUUGAUUGCUUCGAAUAUUUUUGCGGAAAAAUUAAAGAAUACUACAAUCACAUCAAACGCGGUUUAUCCAGGAACAGUAAACACACCAAUUAUUCAUAACACAGGAGGAGUUGAUGCAUUCAAAUACUCAAAAAUGUUUGCUAAGUUUUGUUUAUUCGUCGGCGGAAAAACGCCUUAUGAAGGAGCACAAACUCAAAUAAACUGUGCAUUAUCUCGUGAUUUAGAUGGAGUUAGUGGAAAGUAUUUCGUCGAUUGUAAACCGUUUUAUCAACCGAGAUUAGCUCGGGAUAAGGAAUUUUGCAAACAGCUUUGGGAUGAAAGUGAACGAUUAGUUAAGUUAAAACCGGAAGAGAAAAUCGAAAAUGUUUUAAGAGGAUAAAGUAUGCACGAUAAUUU